AUAUCAUAUUGCCCACUACAACGAAAUAACAGAAACAAAGAAAUCCCCGAGAAAAUGUCAUACGCAGACGUCGCCGCGUCCGGUCCCAAACAGACACCCGAAGAGGCCGCAGCCCCUCAACCCCCGCAAAUCGUCCCCUCCGAAACAGCGUCGACGUCGUCCCUCAUCGACGUCGACACCCCCUCCGUGCGCACCGUACCCUCCGACUUCCUCGAGCAGGACGUCCAGACGGAGACGCAGCAGCAGCGGAAAGAGCGCGAGGAGAAGGCCGCCGAUGCCGCCGCCCGCGCCGAGGCCGACCUCGCCAAGAAGAAGCGCUCCGCCGCCCGCAAGGCCCGCAAGGCCGACAACUUCCUGACGCAGUGGUUCGGCGAGCUGAGCGAUAACGCGAGCACCGCCCUCGUCGCGGGAAAUCUGGCUGCCGUCGUUGGCGUCAGUGCGUACCUCGGGUACAAGGCUCUGGGCCUGUACGAGCGCGGCCAGCUCACGUGGAGGAACGUCGGUCUUGGUGCUGGUGUUGCGCUUGGUGUGGGGUUGUUCGAGGCUACGCUUGGAGGAUAUCUCUACAAGGGAAAGAAGAGCGACCGAUCGUAGAAAGAAAAAAAAGGAAAGAAUAUUCCUCUUAUCUAUCUUCGGCAUAAAUAGUUGUUGAGAAAUGGCUCUUGCAGAGACUCAAGUCCUUCAUCUUGAUCUACAACGCGGGAGGGAGAGAGAGGAUCAAAGGAACAUGAGGGAAACGGCGGUUGUUUUCGGCGGCGUUCUUUAAUUACGGCGGCGACACAUGGGAGUCUUUUUCUGUCUGUCUGUCCUUGGGGGGUUUUUCUCUUAACUUGAUGGGUUUUCUUGUUUCCUGAAUUCCUCACGGAAACUCGCGUAUACCGUAUAAGAAACUUCUCUAGUGUGUAUAUCCGGAAUCUGAUCCUUGCAUUGGGAAAGAAUUAGCCAAUUUCGCGCGUUCAGAUAUUAUCCUACCGCUUCUUCUCUUGUAUCAUGCAUGUCUAGUAAUACGUAAGUCAGUUAGUAUGUAUUG